GUAUACAUAUAAAUUAUUAAUUUAUAAUUUUAAUAUGACUAUACAUUUACAUAAGAUUUUCUAAAAAAAUAUUAUUUUAUCGAUUUAUAUCAUAUUCUGAAAUAGUUCAAAUUAGUAUCGGAGAAAUCUAUUAAUUUAUAUGGAGUACAGACCAGGCCAAGGACCAUGGGUUUUGAAUGCUAACUCAUAAAAAAUUAAUUAGAUAGGGGAUUGGUACUAAUCCCGGAUUAGUGGUUAUGAAAUUAAAUUAACCCACCCGAGUAAACCGGACCCGUAGUAACAUAACAAACGCGGAAUAAAAGGACCCCACUAAAAAGCACGUCCAUGGAGAAGAAGACCAAACGACACCGAGAACCUGUCGUUUUUAUCGUUGAGAAGUCUGAGAUCUCUUCGUCUUCCCAACCAAAUCUCAAAUCACAUAAUAACUCACAUAAACACUCUGUUUCCCUCCAGCUUCUUCCUCCAACAAGCUUAACUGGUGAUUCAGCAGAUUCUGAGUUCCUCGGAGAAUGAGAGCAAUUGAACAUCUUGUAGAGGACGAAUCUGUGAUCAAGAAAGCGAGAAUGGUUGAUAACGUAGAAGAGGUUCCAGUCCCUGUGGUGGUCGAUGGUAAUGGAAGCGAGAAUGGUCAAGUCACAGUUGUAGAAGAAGAGAAAGAGAAAAAGAUAGAGGAAGUUUCUGCUGCUCUGAGCUUGUCAGAUACAGAGCAUAUGUCAGAGGAAGUUGAUGUUCAUGCGAAAAACACCGGAAAGGUUCCAACUUUGGAUCUGGAGAAGAACAAAGAAGCUUCUGUUGUUACAAGGAGGAAAAAGCUUCUGGUUCUUGAUCUGAAUGGGUUGCUUGCAGAUAUAGUUUCUCCUCUUGCAGAUUGUAAAGCUGAUAUCAACAUUGGAAGAAGAGCAAUUUUUAAGAGACCCUUUUGUGAAGAGUUCUUGAAGUUCUGCUUUGACAAGUUUGAAGUUGGUAUCUGGUCCUCUAGAAAAAAGAACAAUGUGGACAGAAUCACUGAGUUCUUGCUCGGAGAUAUGAAGAGGAAACUGUUGUUUUGCUGGGACAUGUCUUACUGUGCUACAACAACUCUUGGUUCACUUGAAAACAGACACAAAUACGUGGUGUUCAAGGAUCUAAACCAGCUCUGGGAGAAACACGACCCAAGACUUCCUUGGCAGAAGGGUGAUUACAACGAAACUAACACGGUUUUGCUGGAUGAUUCUCCUUACAAGGCUUUGCUUAACCCUCCAUAUACAGCGAUAUUCCCACACUCAUACAGCCAUCAGAACAAGUCAGACACAUCCUUAGGUAAUGGUGGUGAUCUGAGACUUCAUCUGGAGAAGUUAGUAGAAGCUGAAAACGUUCAAGAUUUCAUCAAGAAGAACCCUUUUGGGCAAGAAGCUAUUACUGAAGCUAGUGAGACUUGGGAGUUUUAUAGAGAGGCCACUCGUAUGCACACACAUAUACGCAUUUAGAAACCUCAUACGGUAGAAAAGAGAAGGAUUGUUGGAAGAUUUUUUUUCUAGGUGGUUGGUAAAACAGGCGAUAGAAAGAAAAAAGAGUAACUGAAAGGAGCUUGAUGUUGUUGUUGUAGUUUUGUUUUGGGUGUUUCAUUGUAGAGGUUGGAUACUACAAGUAAUUUGCUUACUUACCUGUAAUUUGUUUCUUUUAUAUAAUUUGGUUUUGUUUUUAGAGAUUCUCAUUUCUCACCUA